AUGGGAUUCAAACCCAACCUCGAGUUCUCCGCCGCCUACAUCGCACACUCCGCUUUCCGCAUCAUCCAGAUCGUCCUCGCGCUCACGGUUGUCGGGCUUUAUGGCGUUGACUUGCAUAAAGCGAAUCGCGAACAUAAGUACUCGGAUGGGAAAUGGGUCUACGCCGUCGUAACAGCCUCCCUAUCCGCGCCCACCGCGCUCGCCUACCUGAUCCCGUUCAUCCACCGCAUCCCGUUCCUCUUCGUCUGGGACAGUAUCUUAUUUGUGUUGUGGAUCGCGCUGUUUGGGAUCUUCGGCAAGAUGUAUAUCCACGAGAACCCCGAGGGGAAUGGCGGGAUCAAGAGGAUGAAGAAUGCGGUGUGGGUGGAUUUGGUUAAUGCGCUGUUGUGGUUGGUGAGUGCGGUGGGCAUGGCGGGGUAUUGGUGGAGGUCGAGGGGGACGAGGACGAAGUGGACGGGGAGGGCGAGGGUUUAG